GGCGGUGCGACUGUCAGCUGUGUUCCCUGUUCUCGUCAAAAGUCGUCUGUUUGUUGCUCCGAGUCCAGCCAACACGGCCUCAGUGAGUGGAGCAAUGCGCUCCGUGGGGACACACGUUCGGAUCUCCUCUCGUUUCCACGCGUUAACUUCUCCUCUGUCUGCACUUUGACAUCGAUGUUUUGGGGAGAGGAGGAGUGGCACGGUUUCGGGUUGCUUCUUCACAACGCUGGAUUGCUUUCAAACCUUUUUUGCACCUGAACCACCUCGCUUUUGGUUUUCCUCUCCACACACGGAAGCUCUGAGCCUAAUUUUCUCACAAAGGAGGCAGGAGGAUCCCCAGCACUCUGUGGGAGCCGUAAAGACUUGUUGCGCGCAUCCGUGGAGCGCACAGUCCGUGUUUGAUCCAGCAGUACCUGCGCGGGGAGCUUUGAUUUGAACUCAGAGACGUUCAGAGGAGCGGGAAUGAGCUGUGGAUCUCCGCAGCCUGAAGUCAGCAGAGCGCUUUGGGAGUCUGUUCUUCAAAUUGGGGUGAUUAGUUUCCUCCGGAUGCUCCAGGAAACCAACAACCCAUUUCUCCUUCUUUAAAUGGAACCAACGCUCAGCAGAGGCAAACUUUAUCCAGGUCGCAUCAGACAGAGUUGAUUAUUUUUCCUCUCCACGUGUUUUUCCUCGUUUCUUCUUUUUCAUGAUGUCUGAGCGCGAUGGAUACGGAGACACCGACGGAGCGCCGGACUGCAUCCCGCCCAGGGUGUCCCGCGGCCGGAGGAGUGGAGUCAUCCUCCCUGCUGGCGGUCAGGACUCUGAAACCAUCCUGCUGGAGACCGUGAAGGCAGCACCCCGGAGGAGCAGCAUCAUCAAGGAUCCCUCUGUGCAGAAGAUGGGUGGAGGCAGGAAGAAGACGGUGUCAUUCAGCAGCAUGCCUUCAGAGAAGAAGGUGAGCAGUGCAGCCGACUGCUUAGCAUUCAUGCAGGGUGGCUGUGAGCUGAAGAAGAUCCGACCUAACUCCAGAGUUUACUGUCGGUUCUACACGUUGGAUCCCGACCUAAGCUGUCUGCGCUGGGAGCCGUCAAAGAAAGAUGGAGACAGAGCCCGACUCGACGUCUCGAGCAUCCGAGAAGUCCGCACAGGAAAGAGCACAGAGACGUUCCUCCAUAAUGGGCCGCUGUCAGACCACCUGGCUGAGGAGGCGGCGUUUUCAGUCAUACAUGGAGAUGAAUACCAGUCUCUAGAUUUGGUUGCGUUGUCAGCAGAUGUGGCGAACAUCUGGGUGACAGGCCUCCGCUACCUGCUGGCCCACCCGUCUGUCAUCGGGGGAGCUGGAGGAGGAGGGGGAGGAGGAGGACUUCUGGGUGAAGGAGGAGGUUUUGCGGUAGAAGGAAGCCUGGGGAGUAAGAUGAGGAGUGAGUGGCUGGCAGCAGAGUUUGCUCAGGUGGAUGAAUCUGGAAACAGCAUCGUGUCGGAGGACGUGGCAGUCGCCACAAUCUGUAAACUGAAUCCUGGAAUCAAGGAGGCAAAGGUGCGUCUCCGUUUCAAAGAGAUCCAGCGCAGUAAGGAGAAGCUGACCUCUCAUGUGACCCGUGAGGAGUUCCAGGAGGCAUACUGUGAGCUCUGCACCAGACCGGAUGUUUAUUUCUUACUGGUUCAGCUGUCAAAGGACCGUGAGUGUCUGGACCCUCAGGACCUCCGCCUCUUCCUGGAGACAGAGCAGGGUUUGUCCCUGGCAACCACUGAGGGCUGCUGGGAGAUGCUGAGGCGCUUUGAGCCCUCCACUCAGGGGAGAGAGAGAGGCCUGCUGGGAUUGGACGGAUUCGCCCGAUAUCUCCAGUCUCCAGAGUGUCAGCUGCUUGACCCGGAACACCUGGGAGUCUGUCAGGACAUGAACAUGCCCCUGUCCCACUACUACAUCAGCACGUCGUACCGCUCCUACCUGCUGGACGAUCAGGUUCACGGCAGAGCGGACCUGGGCGGUCUGAUCAAGGCUCUGCAGUCCGGUUGUCGCUGUCUGGAGCUUGGAGUGACCGACGGUCCCGAGGGGGAGCCUCUGCUUGGAGUGGACUAUGGACCAGACAUCCCUCGCCAUCAUCAUCAUCACCAUCAUCACCACCACCACCAUGCCCCUGUCACCAUUCGCUCCGCUCUGGAGGUGGUCAAUAAGUAUGCCUUCCUGACCUCGCAGUACCCGCUCCUUAUCUACCUGUGCCAGCGCUGCUCACCUGGACAGCAGCGCACCAUGGCGCAGCAUCUGAAGAAAGUCUUCGGCUCCCGUCUUUACACCCCUGAGGCACUUCCUGUCAGCUUGGGCGGGCGCGCUACAACUUUACCGUCCCCCGAGCAGCUGAAAGGACGAAUCCUCAUUGUGGGGAAGAAACUGCCCCCGGAUCAGGAGGGGUCAGAUGGUGAGGUGUCAGAGGAGGAUGAAGAGAUCGGAGGAGGAGGGCCUCUGGCGGGGCGUAGGAUGACCAUCCCUGGUGAGGAAGAACUAGGUGUGGUUUUAGUGGUGCCGCCCCCAUCUCAGCCAAGGAAGCUCCGCCUCCAUAAGGAACUGUCUGACCUGGUGGCGAUCGCUCGCACAGGCAGCCGAAGCUUCUAUGCCCAGAGGGCGAGCCACAAACUGUCCCAGCAGCAGUCACCACCCAGCAGCCCCUCCACGCCCAGCACACCACUGCCUCCCGACCCGCCUUAUUGGACACUGUGCUCGCUGGGGGAGGGAGAGGCGGGGCGUCUCACCACAGAGAGCCCAGAGGACCUAGUCAUGUUCACAAAGCGCACUCUGACCCGGGUACGACCCAGCUCAGUGCGUCUGGACUCAAGCAACCCCAACCCACAAGGGUACUGGAAGGGGGGCGUCCAGCUCGUGGCCUUGAACCAGCAGACCCCCGGGGCAAUGUUGGACCUUCACAGAGGUCGAUUCUCCCAGAACGGAGGGUGUGGUUAUGUUCUUCGACCAGCUGUGAUGAGAGACGAGGUGUCAUAUUUCAGCGCUCACACUCAGGGGUGUGUACCAGGAGUCCCAGCACAGACUCUCAGGAUAAAGGUGAUCAGCGCACACAACCUACCGAAGCCUCAGGGAUCUGGGGCGAAGGGCGAGGUCAUUGACCCGUACGUGGUUCUGGAACUUCACGGCGUUCCUGCAGACUGUGCCGAACAGAGAACACGCACUGCAGCUCAAAACCAGGAUGACCCGCUGUUUGACGAGACCUUUGAGUUUCAGGUGAACAUGCCAGAGCUUGCCCUGCUGCGCUUCGUGGUUUUAGACGACGACUACAUUGGAGACGACUUCAUCGGUCAGUACAGCAUCGCCUUCGAGUGCCUUCAGCCCGGCUACCGUAAUGUGCCCCUGCUGGGCCUGGCGGGAGACCCCUUACCACACACCAGCCUGUUUGUCCACGUGGCGAUCACGAACCGGCGAGGAGGAGGGAAGGCUCAUCGGAGAGGACUGUCUGUUAGGAGGGUCGGGAGGAGAGGGAGGGAGUACGUGACGCUGAGACACACCGGCAUCAAGGUGGUCGACGAGACGUUCAAACCAGCCAGCGCUCCGCUUAGAGAGGCAACAGACCUGAGGGAGGAGGCUCAGAGCACGACGGCCAGCUUCAAAGAGCAGUGUGGGCUCCCCACGGUGGCCAAACUCAAGCAGUGCAUCCAGAGUCUGGCCACCAGGCUGCAGAACCCUGAGGGCACCAUGGGGGCCACCAUGGUGCUGAAGGAGGGAUACCCAUGCCUGGAAGCACUUGUCAACCUCUCAGAGCAGACUAGGAAACUGCUCGCCGCUUACAACACGAUGAUUGCAGCUCAGAAACAGCUGAUUGAGAAUGCAGACGGUGUCCAGGAGAGGAUCGCACAGGUGCAACGAGAAGGGAUGGACUUUCAUGAAGAGCUGUCCCGACUUGGGGAGAAGGAAGGACUGAAGGGACGAAAACAAAAUAAAGCUGUGGAGAGUUUCACCUGGAACAUCACGGUGCUAAAGGGUCAGUGUGAUCUGCUGCGUGGAGCUAAGAUGGAUUCUCUGGAUGCUCUGAGGCAGCUCGCUCUUGCAUGUGAAGCCUGCGGACUCACCUCCUCCUCCUCUUCCUCUAACUCUUCAUCCUCCACCUUCUCUACCGCCGAGCUGCACUACUCCUCCCACCCUGUGUCAGGACGCCGCAGCAGCACACAUGGAAACGGACGAAUCUGACAUCCCCACCUCGGUGUUGGCGUGCUGCCAAAAACGGAUAGCGAGUGGACGGAGUAAUUACGGAGCAGGAGGAGAUAUUACAGUGAGAAAUAGAGGUGCAGGUGUGAAGAUCACCUCAGGAUACAGAGGAGAGUUUCCCUUCAUCCAGUGCAGUACCAGUCUAGACGAGUCUAGACACAGCAGUAAAUCUGUUCCAGCCUUACAGGAGUUUAUUAAUGAAUCUCUGAAGGUCCGGCCUGCCGAAAGGCUUUUUAUGAAUGUCGACAAAGACACUCCACACGGGUCCUUGAACUACACACGGCUCCUGCUAAUAUUAAGAGAGGAAAAUGUCUCCAUGUUGUAACUCUGCAGGUUUCCCUUCAUUAGAGAAGAAAUCAUUGAUUUAUUAGUGACAACGUGGCUGUCGCUGAGCUGACGUUUAUGGUCCUUUUGAUGAUUCAUUUCUGAGGUUUAAAACACAGAAUGAUGGAGGAUGUAGAGUAGCUAUCCACCUCUGUUUUCAGCCUGGAAGACAGCAAGACUACCUGAAGGUGUGAGUGUUCACAGUGUUGCAAAGAAGGUAAAGACAAAGGUGCAAUAAGAUACUGAUAGACUGACCAUGUGGACCACAAAACCCUCACAAACCAAUGCAGGAAGUUUAAUAUAUCUUUAAAACUUGCCAUCUGCUUUUGUAAUUUAAGUUGAUGUAAUUUAGUUUUGAAGUAAUUCAGACAAAAAUGCAUUGAUAUAUACAUGUAGAUGCCACCAGGAUCUCCACCCCUUCCCUUGGGCCCAGGUUGAGUCUGGCAGAAGGGGAGAUUCCUUGAGAUGACCUCAGAACAACUUUCCUCGGUGCAGACCCAAUUCUUUAGUUGUCUGUUUCUGACAUAGUGAUGGAGAAAAGCUGCUAAAAAGUUGUGCUACCAGUCUGUUCCUGAUGAUCUCCAAAAAAGGACAAUAGUCUCUACAUGUCUGCUGCUCAUCCUCAGGUCUUAUUAUCACAAACAAUAAAUUGGCUACAUCUGUAAUGGAUGCUUCAUUAGGAUCUCAUCAGUACAGAUUUGUGUUAUUAAAACAACACAUGAAUUACAGUUUUAACUUUAAUAGAACAGGCAAAUUAUUUAAAAUGACAGAUUUAAAUUCAGCUCAGGUGUAUGCAUACACUUAAUAGGAUUGGCUGGGCUCAGGUAGCAUGGGUUCUAGACUUUUUGGGCCUGAUAUAACCUCUUGUAUAAUGCAUUUGAAGCCAUUUUGUUGAAAAAGAAAUUGGUAGGUAGGGUGUAGUAGAAAAGAGUGCUGCAUCUUGCAUGUGUCAGAGAUGGAAACAGUGCGUGCUGUGGAAACAGAAGAAUUGGCUAGAAAGGUCAAAAUUAACCCAGGAGUGUGGCACUGAUAGAUGAGUGAAAAAAAGUCUUGACCUUUGGCAUCAGAUUCUGCAUUGAUGCUGUUGAAAUCUGUUAGACAUUCUUCUUCUUGGUAUUAUUAAUAACAUUUAGGGAUGCACUAUAUUGGAUUAUUUCUGAAGUCUGAUAUGCCAAUGUUUACAAAAUGAUUUUAGCCAAUACUGAUAUCAAAACACUGAUAUUUGAAACAGACAGUUAAAAGUUAGAGGAUAAAUACAUUUGCAUAUUUCAUAUCUUAAAGGACACUUUAAAUUGUAAGGAGUAAUGAUGAAUAAAGAUAAGGCUUGGUUCAGCCUAAAACUCCACUAAUUUAUUUGUUUGUACUGCCAAUAUUUACAGCUGAUAAAGGCAGAUCUUUAUGGCCAUACUAUCGGUCGUAUAUAUCAUCAGAAAUUUUCAUAUCUCCCGAUACUGAAAUCAUGCUGAUAAUAUUGUGCAUCCCUACUACCAUUUUUUGUUCUUGAUUGGCCAGUGUCCCCUAUCUUGGACUGUUUUGUACUCUUAAAAUAACCUGGCUGGUGGCAUCCACAUGUA